AUGGCCGAGGAACUGAAGAAGGAGCAGGACACCAGUGCUCACCUGGAGAGGAUGAAGAAGAACCUGGAGGUCACGGUCAAGGACCUUCAACACCGCCUGGAUGAGGCUGAGAACCUGGCCAUGAAGGGUGGCAAAAAGCAACUCCAGAAACUAGAGUCAAGGGUCCAUGAGCUGGAGUCUGAGGUUGAAAACGAACAGAAGCGUGGAACAGACGCUAUUAAAGGUGUCCGUAAAUAUGAGAGAAGAGUCAAGGAGCUCACCUACCAGACAGAGGAGGACAAGAAGAAUGUCACCAGACUGCAGGAUCUGGUGGACAAACUGCAGCUGAAAGUCAAGGCCUACAAGAGACAAGCUGAGGAGGCUGAAGAGCAGGCCAACAGUCACCUGACCAGACACAGGAAGGUGCAGCAUGAACUUGAGGAGGCGCAGGAACGCGCUGACAUCGCUGAGUCCCAGGUCAACAAGCUCAGGGCCAAGAGCCGUGAAGGUGGCAAGGGGAAAAGUGAGGAGGAAUGA